AUGGCUUUUGUGUUCACUCGCGUGGUUCGUUAUGUGGUCUUCGUCAUCGUAUUGUAUAGUGUGGUACAGUACAUACUACGAUGGAAGUCAUAUUCCAUUUCACCGAAAGUUUUUCGACAAGCCUGUAUUGCAGCACACGGAAGUAGUGGGAUUACAAGUGUAAAUAAAUUACGAAACGAUUUACGCCGUUCAUAUCCAUUACAAAUCAUCGACAGUGACUGGGAAGCCGUUUAUGGUGGUGGAUUAAACUUACAGAUGAACAUUAUUUACGCAUCCAUCACUGAAUUUAUCAUUGUUUUUCGUGCACCGUACCGAACAGCUGGUUUUGCUGGAUGGCAUUGGGUCAAUAGUACCUGUACGGUUUUGAGCGGCGAAAUAGUGCGUACUGCUUACAGCACUCAUAGUGGCAAUUUGGAAAAGUUAGAUUCUGGUCAGAAUUUUCGUCAUGGUGAAUUUGAGCGAUAUGCGUAUGAAUUUGCACCGGAAUCAUAUAUGGCAUGCUAUGGACGUGGUGCUGCACCUUUAAGCACUGCAUGGUUGGGGAUGGGUUCUCUGGCAAACGGUGAUCCGAUUUCAUUUGCAAAGCUGCUGUACGUCUAUAGCAAUGCUUGUGCUCACCAAAUUAAGCAGUCAUUGGUAAAAACAUUUAAUUAUUAUAAAUCGAAGGCUUUAAAAACCGAGUUAUAA